AAUUGUGUUUACCUGUGAAGCGUUCAGUUUUUGUAGCCGAUUCCACCCGGAAUUGCCGCGAACCUUUUGACCAUGGGCGACCGCUACAACAUCCACAGCCAGCUCGAGCAUCUGCAGAGCAAGUACAUCGGCACGGGGCACGCCGACACGACCAAGUUCGAGUGGCUCACGAACCAGCACCGGGACUCGCAAUCGACAUACCUCGGCCACUACGAUAUGCUGAGCUACUUUGCCGUGGCGGAGAACGAGUCCAAGGCCCGCAUCCGGUUCAACAUCAUGGAGAAGAUGCUGCAGCCGUGCGGACCGCCGCCGGAGAAGCCCGAGGAUUAAAUGGGUUUGAAUAAAGAGGCUUUGACUUUGAAGUAAU